ACAUGGACAAGUCAGCUAACCGAGGCAGGCUGCAGUACUCCAACCCUCGGCAAUGUCAGGAAGUUUGAACCUGCGAAUGUGUUCAAACACUUUGGAAAAUAUGUGUCUCUCCAUUAAUGAGAAGAUCCUGAGGCAAUGUCACUUGCUGUAUAUGGACUCUGAGUGCGGACUUGUGCACAUCGCCAGCCAGUUGGGACUCAGUCUCCUGGCUCCAAGGAAGAAGAUCACCAUCAUGCUGAUGGGAAAUCAUUCAGCUGGCAAGAGUUCCUUCAUCAACUGGUACAUUGAAGAACACAUACAGAAAACAGGUGUUGCCACAGAAACACAAGGGUUCACUUUUAUCACCAGCGGCAAGAAAAGGGAAUCACUCACGGGCAAGGCUACACUACACCUCUACCCGCAUUUCCAAGCACUGGAACAGAUUAGAGGGUUGGAAGUUUACCUGUCCACUGAGAUCAGUGUUUCCAAGCAGAAGAUGUUUAACUUAGUGAUCUUUAUCGAUACCCCAGGACUCGUGGAUGGCGACAUGACUUACGAGUUCGAUGUUGACAAAGCACUUAUCCAACUGGGUGAACAGGUCGAUUUAAUCUUUGUCUUCUUUGAUCCAAUGGGCCAGGCCCUCUGCAAACGGACCCUGAACGUUGUGGAAAAGCUAAAUGAGAACCAGGGCGAUAAACUAAAGUUCUACCUCAGCAAAGCUGAUGAAGCAGGCCCUGAGACUGACAGACAGAGAGUAAUGAUGCAGAUAGUACAAGAACUGUGCAAACGACCAGGGUUGAACAAAUGCGGCUUUGAUAUGCCAACCAUCUACAUCCCAGACCUAGAUAGGCCAUCGCGUUGUGUGAAUCAGAUCCAAGAGGUGUGUGCAACCAUAGAAAAAACAAUAAACCGAACAGUUCAGAACACGUUGGACCAGCUCGAGAAGGACUGCGGACAAAUUAUCAACACAGCACAGCAGCAGCUCAAGGAGAGCAGCGAACAGAAUUCAAAGAACAGGGCAGCCUGGAUCAAGCGUAUAUUCUUCAGUUCUUCGGCAUUCCUGGUACCGCUGACACUGUUAACAAGUUUCAUCAUUUCUAAUACACCAAGAGAAAAUCUUUCUGAUAUUAUGGGAGAGGAAGUCACAAAAUCUUUGAUGAUCUUGGCGUGGAUAGUAUGUACAACCUGGAACUGGCUGACCGGAGGCAGUUAUUUGCUGGGCCUAAUUAUCCUGAUCGGUUUUAUGGUUGUUUCGAAGCUACUUUCCAAAUGUUUUUGCAGCACCAAACCUAAACUAAGCAGGAAGGAGCGAAAGAGACUCCAGGUGAACCUUGACUAUGUUCAGAGCACCUUGUUUCAGAAAAAGGCACAACUGCAAGAGAUGUAUCUCUCCCAGUGUGUUUCUGAGCAUGAUCUGAGCUGAAGAGGACGAAGAGCACAUUUUUGGGAAGUUCUGAAUGUGAAAAUACCGAUGAGAUUUUGUCCUAAAUUUCUCAAGAAGACGUAUCUCUUGACUCUUCUCUUGGUUCUUCUCAAAUUACAACACCUUCUUGGAAUUAAACUAACACAAUUUGUGCUUCGUUCUCUCGUGUCCAUCUAAUCACUGUU